AAUAAACCCUGAAAGACUCUCCUUCAAUCUGCUGUUCGUAACUAACACACACACAUACAAACACACACACACUCAGUCACUCACUCACUCACACACCGAGACUCAAUUACUGCCCAAUUCCCUUCUUCAUCAUCUCCUGCUACACCGGCCUCUUACAAAAGCAAAUCGCAAAAGGAAAACAAAGACGAACGUUACCGAAGUGAUACUUCGAAACCGAUCGAGACGGAAUUACAUCAAGUGUCAAAACUAAAGGUGGUCAAGCAGUGAUGUCACACAGUUGAGGACACUCCCACCCAAUAUGGAGUCUGGAGAAAGGCUGGCCUCGCCUUCCUCCGCCCCGCUCUCCGUUCACGCCACCACCUCUGCGUCCUCCUCUUCCUCAUCCUCCUCCUCAGCAGCCUCCAAUGCCAAGAGUAGCCUGAACCACGGAGCCACGGCCUCGAUCAGCACAUGCGGUCCUCUGUUUGGCCUGACGGGCAGUGACCAGCCCUUCAGCGUCAGCUCUGUGACUUCUUUGCCUAGCGCGUACCCGCUCAUGGCCCACCCGGCCUUUGGCCUGCUCUCCCCGGCGACGGCACGCCCAGAGUUUGGGGGUCUAGGAGGAUUGGGAAUGUCUGCAGCCCUUGCAGCUCACCCACAACUAGGAGCUUUCUCAGAAUGGUGGAGGGCAGCGGAGGCUCAUGGGCGGAGUACUCCAGCCUUCUUCCCGCCUUUUCUCGGCCUGCCCCACAUGUUCGCCCCACCCCUUCACAACCAUGAGGCAAACCCGUACACAUCCAAAACCCCCAACAAGAGCAGCCAGGCCUCCAAAGGUGUGAACGGAGCUGUGAAUGGCCGCUCUCGCUCUCCCUCUGCCGCUAAAGGAACCGUUUCGGCUGCAGCAUCCCCCUCCCCUGCGCUCCGGCCCCCAGAGCACAGCCGGACCCCCAACGCCAAAGCCCGCGACCGCAAGGCCAGUCACCAUAGCAACAGCACAGGGGAGCUUCAGGAGAAACCCACACAGAAAACUAAAGAGAAGAAGGCCCGUAAGAAACCGGCGGAGGGUUCUGCUGUAAGCGAGAGUGAAUCUGGAUCGUCGCUGGAUACGGACAGCGACGGGGUAAGCAGCAGCGAUAUCGAUGAUCUUGGAGAGUUUGAUGAUGAUGAUGAAGAUGAAGAUGACCAGAGUAAAGACAGCGAGGAAUCAGACUCCGAAAAGGAACGGAAAAAGAAAAUGAAAAUCGUGACGCCAAACUCUGGCUUCGGUAAGAAGGAAAAGAGCAGGCUAGCGGAGACCCAAGAUUUCCGUGGAGGCCUGCAACGUAGUGCACCUCUCGAACCCUCUCUUCCAGUGCACCUGCAUCGCUCUCCACCCAGCACUCCAGCACUGUCUCAGUCCUCUUUGCUCUCCAUGCCGGGCCACAAAGGCAAGGAAAGACCCCUUCACACCAGCGUCAUCCAAUCCACAGGCCUGGCGGCCGGCACCAAACCGUUGGCGUUGCUCGCACAGUCGUGUAGAGACGUGUCGCCUAAACGUUCCCCGCAGCACCUUACCUCCUCUCCCAAAACUGCCAAGCCCCUCCCUUCCUCCCAUCAGCCACUCCCUCUUUCUUUAUGCUCCUCCCCCAAACCUAUGUCAGUCCCCUCCCCUCCGAAACCCCUCCCUCUCUCCUCUUCCCCCAAGCCGCCCCCUCUCACCCCCUCCCUCAAGGCACAAUCUCAAGCUUCCUCCCGCAAGUCUCAAGCUCCAACAUUGGACGCUCUCACCAGCAGGAAGAUUCUGGAAAGUUCUUUGGCGCACGUCACAGACUACAGACUGAAACAGUCUUUCCUGUCCCAGGACCAGACAUUUCCUCUCCAGUUAAAGAAACAGCAGAGCCCAUAUAAGAUAAACAAGAGGACAGGGAUACUAACGUCCACCACCUCCUCUUCAUCACCUUCUUCCUCUGUGCUCCCUCAUAAGCACAGCUCUGAAGCGUCAAGUAGGACCAAACCCCCCGCAGCGCAAGGUGUGUCCUCCUCCCCUCUGCCUUUCCCUCACAACCUGCUGGGCCUCGGUCAGCCCAACGGCGUCAUCCAGAGCACCCAGGACGCGCCCCUGGCCCUAACCACCAAACCUCGCACAGAUCUGCCAGUCAACCUCAGCACGGGAGGCCGCAAGAGCCCCGCAAACGUCUCUCCGACUCCUAACCACACCACACGCGAGCCACGAAAGAGCAAGACGCCCAAAGCGUUAGAAGCAUGGAGGGGUCUAUCCCAGAAUCACCUGGUGCAGUCUCUGGUGGACCUUUUUCAGCACAGCGGUGCCGAGCAGGAGCUGCCCAGCAGCAAAGAGUCUGAUGAUUCUGCCGAGGAUGAAGACGAUGAGGAUGAUGAUGUCGAGGAUGAGGAAGAUGAUGAUGAUGAAGAGGAUUCUGAUGAUAGUCUCUCAGAAUCAGACAGUAAUUCAGACAGCGAGCUGAAUGGCUCUGAGGGUGGUAAAAAGAAGGACAAGGAUACAUCGAUGGAUACAGACGGAGAGAAGACCCCUCAAAAAGUCAGCAAGGGGUUUUCCCACCUCAACUCCUCCACCAAUCACAGCCUGUCUGACUGUCUGCCUCUCAACCUCCAAGUCAUUAAGCCCUCCAGUGUGGCCACGCCCACCAUUGUGAGCAGCUCCAGUGCCUUGACCUAUCACAGCUCUCCUUCCUCGUCAUACUCCGUUGGCACCUCUCCAGGCUCUGCCAAGCGAAAGCGAGUGAUGAAUGAAGAUGAUUUACGAAUUCCUCUGGAAAUGGGCUGGCAACGAGAGACCAGGUUCAAAACGGUGGGCGGUCGGUUACAGGGAGACGUCGCGUAUUACUCCCCAUGCGGCAAGCGACUACGGCAGUACCCGGAUGUCGUAAAGUAUCUGUCCAGAUACGGAAUAACUGACAUCACACGUGAUAAUUUUAGCUUCAGUGCAAAAAUAAGGGUUGGUGACUUCUAUGAAGCGAGAGAAGGACCCCAGGGCCUGCACUGGACUCUUCUGAAAGAAGAAGAGGUCAUUCCUCGUAUUCUAGCGAUGGAGGGGCGACGGGGUCGUCCCCCCAACACAGAGCGCCAGCCAAGGGGUGGCGGUGAGGUGUCGGGCAGCCGACGCCGAAAGGGCCGUCCCCCGAAUCUGGGCGAGAGCGAGUUCCCAAGCCCCUCAGAGGCCAAACUACUGCGCAAGCUUGAGGCUCAGGAAAUCGCCCGACAGGCCGCCCAGAUGAAGCUCAUGAGGAAGCUUGAAAAACAGGCACUCGCACGAGCAGCCAAAGAGGCCCGAAAACAGCAAGCCAUCAUGGCCGCUGAAGAAAGAAGGAAACAAAAGGAGCAGAUUAAGAUUAUCAAACAGCAGGAAAAGAUAAAGCGCAUUCAGCAAAUCCGUAUGGAGAAGGAACUCCGCGCGCAGCAGAUUCUCGAGGCAAAGCGGAGAAAAAGAGAAGAGGCUGCCAAUGCCAAAAUGUUGGAGGCGGAAAAGAGAAUAAAGGAGAAAGAAAUGAGACGUCAACAGGCUGUUAUUCUCAAGCACCAGGAGAUGGAGAGGCAUAGACUAGAUAUGGUAUGGGAGAGGGAGAGGAGAAGACAGCACGUUAUGCUAAUGAAAGCUGUGGAGGCACGGAAAAAAGCUGAGGAGCGCGAACGCCUCAGGCAAGAGAAGCGAGAUGAGAAACGUCUCAACAAGGAGAGGAAAAUGGAGCUCCGGAGGAUGGAGUUGGAGAUGAUCCGUGAGAUGAAGAAACCCAACGAGGACAUGUGUUUGACAGAUCACAAGCCCCUUCCUGAGAUUCCACGCAUCCAUGGCCUGGUGCUGCCCGGCAACGUGUUUGCAGAGUGCCUGAUGGUGGUGCAAUUCCUGCGGAGCUUUGGAAAGGUUUUGGGCAUGGAUGCCUCUGAGAUGCCUACUCUUGGUAUACUGCAGGAGGGGCUGCUCAACCUGGGCAACAGCAUGGGGCAAGUGCAAGACCUGCUAGUUCGGAUGCUCUCAUCUGCUGUGUCCGACCCAGGGUUGCCUCAGGGACACCGGGCUAAGUCCAUCUUAGGUGACCACUUGAGCAAUGUGGGUUUAAACCGGGACAACGUGUCUGAGGUUCUGCAGCAGUACAUGGAAGCGCACUGCGCUCAGACCGAGCUAGCUGAUCUUUCACUGAGCCUGAGGACCAAAUCCUUUCAGGCCCACACGCCUGCUCAGAAAGCCUCUAUCCUGGCCUUCCUGGUGAAUGAGCUUGCCUGCAGUAAAUGCGUGGUCAGUGAAAUCGACAAGAGCCUGGAGCACAUGAAUGUGCUGCGGAAAGAUGAGUGUAUCGUGGAGGGCAAACUGAAAAAACUGAAAACAAUCUACGCCAAGCGUACCGGAAAACGUGAAACAAUCACCGGAGGGGAGGAGCCUCAGGCCGCAGGCUCAACCAUUGGUCACAAGCGCAAAAGGAAGACCGGCGACAGUGAUGACGACGACGACGAAGACGAUGACAGUGAUGACGCAGGGGACGAAGAUGACGAGGAGGAGGAGGAGGAGACCAAAAGAGGAAAGAAGGUGGAGACGUGUGACGAGGAUGAGGGAGAUCCAGCCACCAGCAUUGAAGAGCUGGAGAAACAGAUUGAGAAGUUAUCAAAGCAGCAGAAUCUGAUUCGCCGGAAGCUCUUCGAGUCAUCUCACGCACUGAGGUCAAUGUCAUACGGACAGGAUAGAUACCGCCGCAGAUACUGGGUCCUUCCACAGUGUGGAGGGAUUUACAUAGAGGGGCUGGAAAGUGGAGGUCUGGAGGAGCUGGAGAAAGAGCGAGAACGGUCGAGGAACUUUCAAGGUGUGCAGGUCAAAGAAGAGCCCCAGGAGGAAGUACCUCAGCAUCAUCAUGUUCAGGAGAUACCAGUUCCUGUGAAGGAGGAGGUAAAACAGGAGGACAAGCCUGUGGAGGAAACGAAUAAAGAGAUGCUCCCCUCUCCACUAAAAGAACUUCAGGGAACAGAGGCUGUGGCCACACCCCCUCGGCUACCAGAGCCCCGCCCCUCACAUAGCCCUUCACGCCAGGAACUCACGCCUGUUGGGGUCAAGGGGCUAUGCCACACCCACAACGGUUGCUCUGCGACCGUCGCCACAGAAACAACAUCAGCAUCGUCUCCAGCUCACUCUCCAACUACCUCCAAGCUGACAGAAGCCAGCAGCCCAGACCACACAAUCCCGCCUCCUCUGCAGCUGGGCAUCGCUACGCAUGUCCUGCAGGCACAGCAGCUAGCACAGACUCAGCUCCUGCCCAAUGACCAGUUGCUCAGGGUGCUCAGUGAGCGCAGCGGGCACUGGUUCAGCCUGCUGCCGCGCUCGCCCUGCGACGAUACCUCCCUCACUCAGACCUCUGCACAUUCCCAGUCCAACAACAACCCCAAAACUCCUCCUCCUCCAUCUACCUCCUCUCCACACCAUCACCUGCUUCCUUUCUCCGCAUCCAUAAGCCCUCUGAACCCCUCACCCGCUGGGAUCAGUAACCUCAGCAUGCAGAUGAAGUCGGGUGGAUCUCUCAUGGGGUUAUCAAUGUGCAACUGGUCCAGUGGGAUCAUAAGCCCCAAUCUACCCCUUUGCAGCAGCCCCAUGUACCCCUCGGCAGAAGGCAGUGCCAGCCCCCUGAUGGCACCGAGCGUCUCGACCAGCAAAAGCGGCUCUCCCGUUCCCACAGGGGAGAAGCUUACAUCUGCUGCAUCUCCCAUGGCGCUAGACCUCCCCAGAAAUCACGAUCACCCCGAACCUCUGCCCAUACCGGAAGACAUGCUGCUGGGCUGGUGGAAGGUGACGGAUAUGGAGGAGCUGAAAACCCUUCUGAACGCUCUUCACAGCAGAGGCAUUCGAGAGCGAGCCUUGCAGAAACAGCUACAGAAAUCUAUGGAGCUCAUCGCACAAACCUGCAACAAGAACCGAGAGGUGGCAGUUAUGGAGGUCUCAGAGCUCGAAGAGGGCCAGGUUUCCGUGGAGACGCUGCAGGAGUGGUGUGUAGAGGAGCAAGCCAUGGAGACCGACAUCGCUCUGCUGCAACAGGUGGAGGAACUGGAGCGCAAGGUGACCUCCGCCAGCCUGCAGGUCAAGGGCUGGGCGUAUCCGGACCCGCAGUCUGAAAGAGAAGACCUGGUCUAUUACGAGCACAAGCCCCUCCCAAAGCCCCGCCCAGGGGCGGAGUCGCAGGAGGAGCGGAGCUCGGAGAAGGGCCUGAUCCGUCGCCUCGACAACCCGCUGGACAUCGCAGUGACGCGAUUGGCGGAUCUGGAGCGCCACAUCGAGAGAAGGUACCUGCGGAGCCCCUUAGGGACCACCAUCCAGAUCAAACUGGAUAAUGUGGGUACAGUCACUGUUCCCGCACCUGCUCCAUCCACUAGCGCUGGAGGGGAAGGGGGAGAUGAGGAGAUUGCUCCUGGGAUGAAGUUGUGGAGGAAGGCGCUGAGCGAGGUGCGCAGUUCCUCUCAGUUGGCCAUGUGUCUACAGCAGCUGCAGAAAUCUAUCGCCUGGGAAAGAUCUAUCAUGAAAGUGUACUGUCAGAUGUGCAGAAAAGGUGAUAAUGAAGACCUACUUCUGCUUUGUGAUGGUUGCGAUAAGGGAUGUCACACCUAUUGCCACAAACCCAAAAUCACCAACAUCCCUGAGGGAGACUGGUACUGCCCCGCCUGCAUCUCCAAGGCAAGUGGUCAGUCACCUAAAUCUAAGAAGCAACAGAAUCGAACAGCACCAGCCAGUGGAGGAAAGAAGGCGACUGAAGCCGCCAAGAAAAGCAAGAAGCAAACAGAAGCGACCGAAGAAGAGGCCGUCGUCGCCACCACCAGCAGCAGCAGCAACAACAACAACAACAGCACCCCAAAGAAAGCAGCCAGCACCUCCACCCAGACCAAGAAGAACACCUCCACCCCACCUGCACCCAAACCAGAAAGCCCCGCCUGCGUGAAGAGAGCCAAAACGGCAAGAGACAACAACCGAGAUCUGGGUCUCUGCAGGAUUCUCCUGGCUGAAUUAGAACGCCAUCAGGACGCCUGGCCUUUCCUCACGCCCGUCAACCUCAAAUCUGUCCCAGGGUACAAAAAAGUAAUUAAAAAGCCCAUGGACUUUUCCACCAUACGUGAAAAACUCGUCAGCAGCCAGUAUCAGAACUUGGAAACGUUCAUCAUCGACGUCAACCUGGUGUUCGACAACUGCGAAAAGUUCAACGAGGACAACUCGGACAUCGGCCGCGCCGGACACAACAUGAGAAAGUUCUUUGAAAAGAGGUGGACUGAGCUUCUGAAGCAGACCAACUGAGCUGCUCGGAGCCCGUGGUGUCGGACCACGACACGGGCUGUCAUUUCAACCCUGCGACCGGGGCUCAGAAGCACCUCCAGAACCAGAGGAUUCACGGCUCUUUCCGCAACCGAUCCCGCACCCAAAGAGACACAAGACGAGAGGGUGUCUUCGUGCAAUAGCUUAGCCUUUGAGAAAUCGCACUGAAAUUUCAUCCGCGUCAGAGCCGUAGGAGAAAAAUCCCUUUCCACUACUUGUAAAUAUCCUUUGGUUUUAUUUUUUUAUUUUUACGUUCUGGUUAAUAUUAUAGUGAAUGUAUUUAAUUUUUUAAAUGAUUAUUUAUGACGAAAUAAAAGAAAGGUCCACUCUUCGUUUUCUAUGAAAAGGAAGAAAUAGCAAAACUGCUUUAAAUCAAACGGAAUGUUUAUUUGUUUGUGUUUUUCCUCUCCAAAUAUGAAACAAAGCCAAGAAAAGAAAAGCAAACUGUUUACACUGUUCUGUGCCAUGUGGCAUCAGAGUAUUCAACCCUCUGAAAACAAACAAACAAAC